ACGAACAAUUUCAGGUUGGUUCUAACUUCCCUUGACUACUAGUGUUGCUGUUGCUUUUGCUGUCGCUGCUGCCAAGCCUAGCGUGUUGGUUGUGUUCAUUUUCAUUGUUUUUCUCUAUGUCGAAAGACGUAGUCAAACUGUUGAACGAAUUCAAGGAUGAACUUAAACAGGAGCUCAGGAUGUUCAGGGAGUCACUCGAGAGGGAUAUCAGGACAGAGUUACGUGAUAUACGUGCCGAUUUGAAAGAGUUAACGGAAAUAAAAAAAGGAAUGAGCUUUAUUAACGAGGAGCACGAAUCAAUGAAGCAGUCACUCGCUUUAAUCAAAAAAGAAAACUCUGGCUUGAAGAAAGAAAACGCUGAACUGAACGGUAAAUGUGGCGAACUGGCCAGAGCGCUAAAGGAAACCGAAAACAGAUUAGUCAGCUGCGAGCAAUACUCACGCAACAACAACCUCGAGGUGAAGGGAAUCCCGAAGGACCAAGCAGAAAAUGUCGACCAACUGAUAAGUAAACUCUGUGAAGUAAUCGGCGAGCCGAUAACCAAGGCAGAUGUUGAAGCAUGCCAUCGGGUGCCGACAAGAGAUAGGGAAAAGAGCAAUAUCAUUGUUCGCUUCCAGAACCGUAACAAGCGAGACUGUGUCUUGGGAAAGGCAAAGAAAAAACGAAUCUCGUGUUGUGACCUUGGCCUCUCAACGGAGGCUCCAGUUUAUGUAAACGAGCAUUUGUGCCCGUAUUUGAAGAAACUGCUUGGGAUGACGAUAUCUAAGAAACGUGAGCAUCGUUGGCUAUAUGUGUGGGUCCGAAACGGAAAGAUAUUUGCAAAAAAAGCGGGCGACACCCCUAUUAUCACGAUUUCGAAAGAGGAUGACCUGAAUCAGAUUUGUUGAAUAAUGUUGGUUCUUUUCUGCGAGUGUACUGCAUCAUUAUGGCAGAGAACCUUGAUGUGUUGAC